AUGGGCUGUUUUGGAUAUUUGCUGUUUCUUUGUGGGUUGAGUCGAGCUCUGUCAAGUUACCCAAUCUGGUGGUCCUUGGCCAUCGGUCACCAGUAUUCCUCCCUGGGGACUCAGCCCAUCCUCUGCGGCAGCAUCCCAGGGCUGGUCCCGAAGCAGCUGCGCUUCUGUCGGAACUAUGUGGAGAUCAUGCCCAGCGUGGCGGAAGGGGUCAAGAUCGGGAUCCAGGAGUGCCAGCACCAGUUCCGUGGGAGGAGGUGGAAUUGCACCACCGUCAACGACAGCCUGGCCAUAUUUGGGCCUGUGCUAGAUAAAGCUACCAGGGAGUCGGCCUUCGUCCACGCCAUCGCCUCCGCGGGUGUUGCUUUUGCGGUGACCAGAUCCUGCGCCGAGGGCUCAGCCACCAUCUGCGGCUGCGAUACCCGCCACAAGGGACCCCCCGGGGAAGGCUGGAAAUGGGGAGGCUGCAGUGAAGACGUGGAGUUUGGGACCAUGGUGUCUCGAGAGUUCGCGGACGCCCGGGAGAACAGGCCGGAUGCUCGGUCAGCCAUGAAUAGGCACAACAACGAAGCUGGGAGAACAUCCAUUAUUGAUCACAUGCAUCUGAAGUGCAAAUGUCAUGGUCUGUCAGGCAGCUGUGAGGUGAAGACAUGCUGGUGGUCCCAGCCAGACUUCAGGGUCAUCGGUGACUAUCUCAAGGACAAGUACGACAGUGCUUCUGAAAUGGUGGUGGAGAAGCAUCGGGAGUCCCGUGGCUGGGUCGAGACGCUCAGGCCCAAGUACAACUUCUUCAAGGCCCCAACUGAGAGAGACCUGGUUUACUAUGAGAACUCACCAAACUUUUGUGAGCCGAACCCCGAGACGGGCUCCUUUGGGACCCGCGACCGGAUCUGCAACGUCACCUCCCACGGGAUAGACGGAUGCGACCUUCUGUGCUGCGGCCGCGGGCACAACACAAGGACUGAGAAACGGAAAGAGAAGUGCCACUGUAUCUUCCACUGGUGCUGCUACGUCAGUUGCCAGGAAUGCAUACGAGUCUACGACGUUCACACGUGCAAGUAA